AUGGUCGGCUACGACGCGCCGCAUGCGGAGUGGCGCCAACGUGAGCUGCGAGCAAUGGACAUCCGCCAGUGCAUCUUCGGCUGCGAGUGCGAAGCGGAUGACGCUCCACACUUGCUCAGCUGUCUCAGGCCUCUGGACGACCUUGCCAUGGCGCGAUCUGGCGGACGAGGUUUUCUCGAAGGCGACCCGCUGCUGCGAUGGGGCAUAUUGGAUCCGGGGAACAUCCGGCGGUCCAAAGACCGGGUUCCCAUCCACGAGUUGGAAGAUGCCGCGAAGGGGGCUCGGAAGCUCAAAACCGCUUGCGGCGCCAACGCACGGGGCGAGAGCACGCCCCACGGUAGCGACUCUGGCCACGGCGCGGCGGCGGGCCCGGCGGCGAGCGAAAUCUCUGGCAUCACGGCGUUCUUCGAGGCUUGGCCCGCCCUGCCCUUCCCGCCCGACUCAGCCUCGAACGCCGACGGCCACGCCGAGCGCGACGUGUUCGACGCCGCUGCGGACAAUGCGAGCGUCGACUACCACAAGUACCUGAACCCCACGGAAGCGGACAUCCAGAUGAUGGACGGCAACCACGAUGAGGCACACACGGUCGAGCUGGCCGCGCUAGAGGACGAAAUUGUUCGGUUCGAAAAUUGCACGAUGACCGACGACGAGUUCGACUACCGCUUCGGCGACCUAGGGCCCGCCUUCGGCGUUGAUGACGACGACGCCCCCGACGUGGACAUCUGCCACCUCAGUGACUACCUCGCCAACUUCGCGAAGGCUGCCAGCAUCGCCGCGGACGGCGCGCAGGACUCCGACUGCGAGGUAGACAGCAUCGCCGCGCUUGCUGGCCUUGGUGGACCUGGCGUGCUGGACGACUACUUCGUAACGACCUCGCAGCUCGGCACAGAGACCGUUCAGUGCGACACCCAGGGGAGGACCGACCUCGACCAGAGCUGCAACGCUGUGCUGGCGGCUCUGCCGACAGCGCUUGUGGCACCCAUCGUCCGUGCACCCACCGCUCUGAGCGAUGCGGAGAUCAACGAGACCAUGGUCGCUUUCCCCGCCUUCGUGGCCCAGGUGCAGGGUGGCACUGUGGGGGUCCAGCAGCCCGCCGCUGUGCAGCUCGACGACUCCAAGGGCGGCAGCCGCGCCGACCGCAACGGCCCGCUGGCGCCCUCCCACGGGGCGCUGAGAGGCGGGUCCCUGUCCGCCCCGCGGAUCGCCAGGGAGGAGGAGGCGGCCGCCCGGGCCCCCCAGUCCGCUCGAGAGCGGCUCCCUGCGGCGGCGCCCCCCGCCUCGCCGCGCCCCCCGCUGUCGGGCCGGGCCUCGUCGCGGAACAGGAUGCGCGCCACGCAGGGCGACGCAGGCGAGCGGUGCGUGGUGCCGCCGGCGGCGCCGGGCACUCCGGCGCCGGCCAAGGUCGACGCCUGGAAGGAGACCAUCGAGGUCCAGCGGCUCAACCAGCAGCUCCUGGAGGCCAUCUUCGAGUCCGCGCUCACCGAGGAGGCCUCCCUGACCAUCGCGGACACGUACCCCGAGCUCUUGUGGCUGGCAAACUGCCUGAAGCGCUGCCCGCUGCCGCCCUGCUGGUCCAGCGCCGACGGCGGCGCCGCCGGGAUGCGUUACUUCGAGAUCGAAACCACAGGGCAGGAGGACGGCGAGCGCAAGGAAGGCACGCACCCACUCCUCGGCGCAUUCUCGGAGCUCGGGCGCUUGAUGAUGGAGUGGAGGCGCAAGCCGAGCCUCGCCGGCACCGUCGCCGAGAAGAUGGAGUCCAAGAAGGAGGAGUUCCUGGAGGAGGCGGGCCGCUCGCGCUUCGCGUGGGAGGGGCCCUUCACCGACCCCGCCACCAGCGCCCAGUUCUGGCACUGCAGGGCCACGGCGCGCUCCACCUGGGGCGACCCGGCCAUGGUCUGGAGGUUCCUGGCGAAGGUGGCCGAGGGCUUCGUCAGCGCUCUGCCCGCCCGCGCGGCCAGCGGCGGCGAGGCCCAGGCGGCCCCUGCGGCCCCGGCGGCAGGCUCCGCGGGGGCCCCCGGGGCGGAGGGCCCGGCGGCGGAGUUCCAGGCCGCCCGGGCGGCGGCCAGCAGGGCGGCCGGAGCGGCAGCCGCUGCCGCCAACGCCAUGGCCGCUCUCGGCCCGAGGGGCCCCGCGGAGUCCGAGCCGGCCGGCGCCGCGGGGCUGCGCGCGGCGAGCCCGGCGCCCUCCCCGCCGGCGGCCGCGCGCGGGGAGGGGCCGUGCCCGCCCAGCGCCCGCCGCGCGGGGUCCAGCGCCCGCCCGACGCCGAGGCGGAUCCAGAUCCUGCACGAGAUCGAGGACGCCGCGCGGGGCGAGAUGGGCGAGAGGGUGCGCCCAGGCGACGAGCUCUCCACGGAGGCCCCCGCGGAGCUUCAGGUGCGCCGGGAGUUCCGCCGCCGCCGGGAGGAGUCCCGCGAGCGCCUGGAGCCCCUCGGCCCCGCCACCCCGCGGGCCGCCCUGGAGGCAGAGGAGCCUCCGGCCGAAGCACAGGGCCUCCCAGUCGCCGCCAUGGACCGCCUCCAGCGGGCCAAGCCGCCAAGCACGCCGCGGGAGGAGAAGCUCGCGCCCAUCUUCGCGGAGCCCAGUGCGCAGGCCAAGCCGCCCAGCACGCCACGGGAGAAGCUCGCGCCCAUCUUCGCGGAGCCCAGUGCGCAGGCCAAGCCGCCCAGUACGCCACGGGAGCAGCUCGCGCCCAUCUCCGCGGCGCCCGGUGCGCAGGCCAAGCCGCCCAGCACGCCUCGCGAGGAGGAGCCGGCGCCGUCAGUGGCGGAACACGGCGCGCAGGCCAGCACGGCGGCCGAGCAGCCCGCGCCCAGCAGCGACGCCCAGGCCCCGCAGCCCUCUGCGCGCCCGCCCUCCAGCGGCAGGUGCCGCCCGCCCUCCGCGCACGCGGCCCGCGGCGACCCGCCCAAGGCCGCCAGGCGCGCGCUGCCCAGGCCGGGCGUGGACACCGGGCCGGAGCUGGACGGUGCGGCGGCCGGCCCGCGCCCGGGCUCGAGGCCCGGGUCCGCCAGGCGGCGGCCGAGCACCCCUGGCCGUCAGGGCAGCCGGCCCAGCAGCGCCAGCAGCCGCCCGGGGACGGCGGGCGGGCCGGGCAGCACGUGGAUGGCGGGGCAGAUGUGCCUGGGGGCGGUGCAGGCGGCGAUCGACGACGCGUGCCAGUCCGAGGGCGAGGACGCCUCGCGGGUGGAGGACGACGAGUCCCUGUCCUGGGAGGGCCAGGACAGCUUCGACGCCGGCCGCGCCUCAUCGCCCGCAGGCGCGGGCGUGCGCUUCCGGGAGGGGCAUUCCGUGUGCUCGGAGCCGUGCUCGCCGAGCCUCAUGAGCGUCUUGGGCAGGUCCGCGCUGUUCUCGCCGCGGCGCGGCACGAAGAACUCGCCCGCCCCGGACUCGCCGAGCCUGAUCAUCUGCGAAGGCGCCCCGCCUCUCUGGACCGACCACAAGGCGCUGCCGCCGAGGAGCCCCAGGACCCCGAGGGAGGAGAAGCCGGUGCUGCUGGGCGUGCCGCAGCCGCUGUCGGCCCGCGGCCGCGAGCGCUGCGUCGAGUCCGCGCCGCUCUCCGCCCGCUACAAGAAGCGGCCUGCUGGCUGCGUGGGGAGCUCGUCCAAGUUCGGCGGCGCUUGAGGCCACUCUGGACACCGUGGAGCGAGCAGCGCCGUCGCCGUGCAGCUGCUGAUCCGAGCGUGGCCGCGGAGCCCCCUGUUGUUUCUCGACGCUGUGCGGGAGUGUUCUUUGGGCAUGGCCUCUAGAUGUAUCAGUAAGAUUGGUUUGCCGAGUGUUGAGCAGCUUCCCUGAGGGUCCCGUCUCUGACGGAUCGUGUCCCCGGCGUGUCCAGCCGAGCUGGCCCGCACAGACCAGCCCACCAACGUUGCAAAAUAGUGUUAAUGCCAGGGCGUCCGCGUGGGCUCUGGAACCUGUCUGCCGCGUGCUCUCCAAGCCCACCGCCCUCUCGCGCGGGCCAGCUGAUGUAGUAACUGGUAGUUUUUUGUUCGAAUCUGCCCCGCAGCACGGCGCGGCGAUUACUAAUGAGCCUGGACGAUGUUGCUCAUUGUUUGGGGGUGGACAGGACCCCCACCCUGACACGUCGAUUGUUGAAUUGUCCGUUUUCGGUUCUCGCGAUGGCGCCGCGGCCGUCAUUUUCCAGGCUUGCGCCCGCCAGGUUUGGGCCCGAUGUCGUUUUCACUAAACGACGUUUUGCUAAAGGGGGUUCUGUCCUUCCCCGAAUUGCCUUCUGUGCAACGGGCGUCUUGCAAGAUCAGUUCAUGUGCAGUUUUGCUCCUAUGACGCGUCGGAGUGAUCCCCCGCGCCCCCGCGCACACGCUUACCCGUGGCUGCGGAAAUUCGACUCUGUACAGCCCUCGGGGGCCAAGCUUCAAUCGCUGCUCCCGUCUGCCGGUGGUGACCGUUUGCGCACCGGCUCGUUUUUUGGUGAGAAUCGUUUAGGGUGAGGAUUGAUCAGGAAGGGACAAAACACACAGACACAAUCAAUCGUCGACUCCCAGGA